AUUAUCUCAAUUUUAAUAGAAAUGAGUUUAAACAACGUUUUGGCAUCAAUGUGGCAUUUUUGGCCACCCACAGUGGCCUAACGAGAUGGCAAGAAUUUCAUUCGAAUAUGGCUGAAGAAGUGGGAGCUGGGGAAACCUUCAGUGAAACCAACAACAAGGCCAUCGAUGAGAUCUGGUAUAAACGAGCCGUCGAUCAACAUUUUGUGCGUGAGGAGAGUUUCGUCUAUUCGGUGCCUUUUGAUGCGGGCGAGACGACAGUGGACCCGAUUGUUACGGCGAGUCAUGCGAUCUUUCACACCGAAGGUGGCAAGUCAGCGCCCGCUGCCGUUGUUGGCUUCCAGUUUCAGUACAGUGCUUUGCAUAAACUUUUCCGCAACAUUACGGGAAAUGCCUGUGCCGCCGACGACAAGGCCUGCUAUGUCUUAGAUAAUAAUGGCUUUAUUAUCGUAUCUUUGAAUCGCCACGAAACCGGUCGUUUCUUUGGCGAAAUAAACGGUGCCAUCAUGCAUCGUUUGGUCGAAGAGAAUGUUUAUAAAAAAGUUACGGUCUAUGAUUAUCAGGCCAUUUGUUUUGUACCGGAUGGCGAUAUGAAUUCAUCGCCGAAUAUGUUAGCGCCUCUAGUCCAUGUAUUCAGAGCCUUUAGAUGGUUACUAUCCACACUAGUGCUAUUCUUGUUAGAAAUUAGUAGGGUCGCCGCUGACUUCUUCGAACAUUAUGUGGAUGAAAAUAUGACAGAUUAUAUGGUUAAUGUUAAAAACAAUGAAUGGGUACGUCUGGUCACGCUACAGAGGACCAGACUGAAACAGUGUGACAUGCAACGUGACCUCUACACGUUGUUCAAUGCGACCGGCAAUGUUGCCUACAACAUGACGGCGCACGGCUGCGAGAGACCAUUUGUCGUUCUGCCCAUACCGGCCAGCAAUCUGAUAUUGCUGGUCAUCGAUCAGAUAUGUCCGCGCGAUGCUGCGCACGUGCUCACCGUUAAUCCGAUGGAUAUUAACUAUCCGUUGGAUGAGAAUCAAACAUUGGCAUGUUUCAAAAAGGAUCAUGAAUUCUCGAGGGUGCGUCCGACAAGUUGCAUAAACAAGCAUAUAAAUGAAAGCAAUAUUGAAUUAUGCGGCAGUGCUUCUAGUAUUUUUAUAAAUAUUUUCCUAUUCAUUAUAGCCUUAUGUUCCGGUCGUUUACUCUAACAUAGCUUUAUUAAUGCAUUAGAAACCUAAGAUAAACCAAAGCAAAACCUUAAAAGAAAAUCAAUUGUUUUUUGUUAACUAAUCAAUAUUUUUUUGUUGAAGUUCUUAACCAAAUCAACCAAACUACUUGUGUAUGACAUUUAAGCAUUGUACAGUUUGUAAUUUACCAAAAAAAAAAAAAAAACAACAAAAUUUGUUUAAACAUUAUUUUGAAUAAUUUAUAGUGUAGCUAACUGAAAUCUCAAAGGACCUUAAACGUAAAACAUAAAAAGUAAAACAAGAAUAUUUAUAAAAAACAAAAACAACUAAAAUAUUUAAUUAAAAUUAAA